AUGGUGAUCCGGCUCAUGAAGCAGCAGUUUAUGGAUGACUGGGGCGUCAUAUAUUGGCCACUGUGCAACGCAGAAUCCAGCAAAAAGACUGCCAGCCAUGAAUGAUGAUCGCAGAGAAAGUGACUGGCAAGGGCUGGUCAGUGAGUUCCUCGUGUGUAAAAGGAAGCUUGAGAGCAAGAAAGAAGCUUUACUCAUCCUUUCCAAAGAGCUGGACACAUGUCAGCAGGAGAGGGACCAGUACAAGCUGAUGGCGAACCAGCUACGGGAGAGGCACCAGUCUUUGAAGAAGAAGUAUCGAGAGCUCAUUGAUGGAGAUCCUUCACUUCCACCAGAGAAAAGAAAACAGGUGAAUCUGGCGGAACUGCUGGGUGAGGCACGGGAAAGAAGCAAAAAGCUGGAGCACGAGAUAAAGGAGCUGCAGCAGAGACUGGGAGAAGUACAAGGAGACAAUAAGUUGCUGAGAAUGACCAUAGCCAAACAGAGAGUGGGGGACGAUGAAGUCGGCAUUCGUCAUUUUGCACCCCAUGAACGAGAAGAUCUUGUUCUGCAACUGGAGAAGACAAGAGAGCAGUUUGAAGGUCUUGAACACGACCUGCGAGCCGCACUGGACGAGCUCCAAGAUGUGAAGCAGGAGCGCUCGUGCUUCCAAGAUAAAGCGGACAGGUUGAACCAAGAACUUAACCAUGUUCUAGGUGGUCACGAGAAAAGAAUCAUAGAUGUGGAUGCACUGUGCAUGGAGAACAGGUAUUUACAGGAGAGACUGAAACAACUGCAGGCGGAAGUUAACCUGCAGAAAAGCAACAUUGUCAAAUACAAGAAUGCUCUGGAGAGAAGGAAGAAUUCCAAGUCAAAUAGCAAGUCAAACAGCAGUGCUCUGACAGGGGUGCUUUCUGCCAAACAAGUUCAGCAAUUAUUAUCGGAGGACCACGGCUGCAGCCUUCCUGCCACUCCGCAGUCCAUCUCUGAUCUGAAGUCUCUGGCUACAGCUCUGCUAGAAACUAUUCAUGAGAAAAAUAUGGUCAUUCAGCACCAAAGGCAAACCAACAAAAUUCUAGGUACUAGAGUGGCGGAGUUGGAGAAGAAACUGCGCACGUUAGAAGUUUCUGGGCUGUGGAGUCUUCCAGGCCUCAGCUACAAUGUCUCUGUGGGAGUUGGGCGGGGACGGGACACCAUCUCACUACAAGAUCCACCAAUAACGAACCCACAGCGUCCAAAGUCACCAAUGAUCACGUUUACGGACGUGCCUUGCCAUAAACCUCUAACUUAUGAAGCACACAGGCAACAAAGUAUUCACAAACGCUGUAGUGAUUUGAGCACACAAGCCAACAAUGAGACCACACAACCACUGGAAAAUUCCCAAGAUCCGCUUGGUAAUUCUUAUGAAAACAUGUAUCUUCAUCCUUUAAUCCCUCUAUUGUGCUCCGAGAAGGAAGAACUGGAGAAGAGAGGGAAGGAGAUAAUUGAACUAACUGAAGAACUGGCAGCAGUUGAGCUGGAAGAUAACCACCUUAUAAGUUCAGUUGGAGGACACAGUGUUGCAGAUGUGGCACCCCCUCUUGAAAGCUUUGAGCCUCCAUUGUCCAGCCCAGUACCCACUGACCAAUUGGAAGCAGAUGUUUUAUCUGCUGAAAGCUUAGAUGAAUCACAAGACUCUGUUGAUGGAAGCUUAGACAGUGCCGGUCUCCAAAACUGUGUGGACACAAAAGAGCGACUGUUGGAGUCCUCUGUGACAGAGGAGUCAUUAAAACCUGUUGGUAGUGAUGAAAGUGUUGGAAAAGGAGUAGACGAGAAUGGAUCAUGACCAAAUGCCCUCCGUUUCCAAAGAUGUGUCUUGCUUUGUUUAAACAAUGUUGGUUUUAUUUAUUUGAAAAUUCUUUCUAAAGUUGAACUCAUUUUUAUAGUCCAUCGUUAAGACUACUAAACCUAAAACACAAGUUACCCCCGUUACCAGACAUGCAUGUAAACAUUUGGGGAGAUUACCAGUUAAGAAGAUACUGGCUCUAUAUUGCUAUAAACACA